AUGCCGGGAUACUCAGAGUUUUACUUCAAUGUGGACCAUGGCUACUUGGAGGGUCUGGUCCGAGGGUUCAAAGCCGGGAUCUUGACAAGUGCAGACUAUGUCAAUUUAGCACAGUGUGAGACACUAGAAGAUCUGAAGUUACAUCUACAGACUACAGACUAUGGCAACUUCUUGGCUAACGAAACUGGCCCUCUGACUAUUUCCACCAUCGAUGAUAAACUGAAAGCAAAACUACUCACGGAAUUUCAUUACUUUAGAAACCAUGCUUUUGAACCACUUGCCACUUUUCUGAAUUUUAUCACAUACAGCUACAUGAUUGACAACGUAAUUCUUUUAAUAACUGGCACAUUACAUCAGCGGCCCAUAGCUGAACUUGUUCCCAAGUGCCAUCCACUGGGGAGUUUUGAGCAAAUGGAAGCAGUCAGCAUUGCCUCAAACCCCACUGAGCUGUUCAAUGCAAUUUUGGUUGACACACCAUUAGCUGCUUUCUUUCAAGACUGCUUGUCUGAAAAUGACCUGGAUGAAAUGAACAUUGAAAUAAUGCGCAACAAACUGUACAAGUCUUAUCUUGAGGCGUUCUAUAAGUUUUGUGAAAAACAAGGUGGUACUACAGCAGAAAUCAUGAGACCUAUUCUUGAGUUUGAAGCAGACAGACGUGCCUUUAUCAUCACCAUUAAUUCAUUUGGCACUGAGCUGAGUAAAGAUGACCGAGAGAAGCUGUAUCCAACCUGUGGAAAACUACAUCCAGAAGGCUUACACCUGUUGGCCAAUGCAGAUGACUACGAGCAAGUGAAGUGUGUUGCAGAUUACUAUGCAGAAUACAAGGCUGUGUUUGAAGGUGUAGGGAGUGGCACUGGAGAAAAGACACUAGAAGAUGCAUUUUUUGAACAUGAGGUAAAGCUGAAUGUGCUUGCAUUCAACAACCAGUUUCAUUUUGGAGUAUUUUAUGCCUAUGUAAAGUUAAAGGAACAAGAAUGCAGGAAUAUUGUAUGGAUUGCUGAAUGCAUUUCUCAGAGACACAGAACCAAAAUUAACAACUACAUUCCAAUUUUCUAA